AUGUCUCAAGUAGCAGCACAGCAACCCCCCAAGCACCCCGCCGAGGGCGGCGACAAGCAGACGUACAUGGCCUGGGCCAAGCAGAAGUACGGCGAGCAGUACGAGAUCUGGAUGCCGUGGAUCGAGGACACGUUCCUCAAGUAUUUCACCAAGGACAACAAGGCGAGCUACGCCACCAAGGAACAGCUCAACAAGACCAAGAUCACCGGCGUGAAGCAGAUAGACAACCUGCAAGACGGCGUCCACAACCUUGCCGCCGGCACCGUCGGGCAGGGCGGCAUCCUCCAGCCCGUCGGCGACCUUGCCUCCAAGGAGGGCGCCAACCGGUUCGAGCGCGGCGGCAAGGACGACAAGGGGAGCUAUAUCCCCGGCGUCGGCGGUCGCGACGCACAAAAGAAGGACGGUGGCAACGGUGGGCUACUCGGCACGGGCGUGAGCAUGCCUAGUGUCCCCAGCGUUCCUGGCUUCGGUGGCAAGAAGUAA